GGUUUGCGCCUCCCUCUCUGGGCAGGGUUUCCUCGCUUUUUCCUCCGCGCUUCUUUUCCUCUUGUUUGUGCCGAGGCGGCUGUCAGAUUCGCCUCUUGCACGCCCGAAAGCGGCUGGUGCAGGAGCCGCUGAGCGCCUUUGCGCUCCCUCUCGCGUUUGCCUGCCAGCUGCAGCCACUUUGCCCGGGAACCCGCCGACCUUUCAAGGAGGAUUGCAACGCCCUUGCCCCGCGCCCGCUGAAGAAGGGGGCGCGCGAUCUGCAGCCUAGCCCCGCGGGGGCUCGGGCUGCCGUUUGCACGCCCUCCUUGCACCCCCUUUUGCACGAGGCGCCUUCUGGCGUUUUCCAUGUGCGCGCGCGCGGGGACUCCAGGAAGAUGCCUGUCUGGAAACUUUAAGCAGCGUCAGGGAAAUUGUGGCGGAUUCUGACCGGGCAGCAACCUUGGUGUCCCUCUAGUGGGAUCGCGUUGUUGUCCCGCCGGGGCAUCCGGGGCUCGAGCUAGCGGACGAUGAGCCGAGGCUUCGUUGGCCUCUUCUCAGACCCAUCUCUCGGCCUCCGAAGCCCGAGCAACGGCCGGCAAACUUCCUCCGUCUUUUGAUAGCUUUCUGCUCACGUCCCUCCCCUCCCCGCGGCUCUCUCCAACCCAGGGAAACCGAGCUUUUGCAGGCAAGUGGAAUUGGCCGAAGGAAACCGGCCGGCAGCCUCUGUUCGCAUCCCUGCGAUGGGAAGUACGGUCAUGGAUGCCAAGAAGAAGGAUGCCUCGUCUGGUAAGAAGAAGGACGCUGGACAGAAGAGACGCAUGCUGCGCGUUCACAUCCCCUUUCCUCUUCAUUGUCAUGACCUCCUUGGAAGAGAAGACAGUGACGCUGAUGAAGUGUCAUCCAAUGAUCUCAGUUCCUUUGCCAUGCCGUUCCUGGAUGGAGAUAUGGAUGGGUCUGAGAAACAUGCUUCGCGAAAGACAGAAGACAGCUACAAUUCAGGGAGCCCCUCCAAAGGAAUCUUCUCAAAGGGGUUCCAGAACCGACCUUCCAGUCCGUCUUCGGCUCCUGUCAAGUCUAAACAUAGUCCAGGCUCACCCAAAACGGUGUUUCCCUUCCCAUACCAGGAAUCACCACCUCGCUCCCCUCGACGCAUGAGCUUCAGUGGGAUUUUCAGGUCGUCUUCAAAAGACUCUUCCUCCUCUGGCUCUAACCCUUCCACCUCCCCUGGAGGAAUCAAGUUCUUCUCCAGAUCAAGAAAAACGUCUGGGCUUUCCUCUUCACCAUCAACUCCCACCCAGGGAACCAAGCAGCCAGCAUUUCCACUUGAAUGCUACAGACAUGAACCGGAAAGGCUAGAAACACGGAUUCACACCCCCUCUUCUCCUCCAGAUACUGGCCAAAGAUUUAGCCUGCCUCCAGGGCAGGGUGCUGCCAAGCCACCCUCUCCAACACCUGUCUGUUGUGUUACCUCAAAAGUAGCAGGGCAGCCUCAGUCCCCGGCCGCUUCCGAAGGGAUGCUGGAGAAACUGGAGCUCGAGGAUGAAGCUGUUGGAGAAUCAGAAAGUGAUAUCUACAUGCGAUUCAUGAAGUCACAUAAGUGUUACGAUAUUGUUCCAACAAGCUCAAAGCUUGUGGUUUUUGAUACUACACUACAGGUAAAGAAAGCUUUCUUUGCUUUAGUGGCAAAUGGUGUUCGAGCAGCUCCACUGUGGGAGAGUAAAAAACAAAGCUUUGUAGGAAUGUUAACUAUUACAGAUUUCAUUAAUAUACUGCAUAGAUACUACAAGUCUCCAAUGGUACAAAUCUACGAACUGGAGGAGCACAAAAUUGAAACAUGGAGAGAGCUUUAUUUGCAAGAAACCUUUAAACCCUUGGUGAAUAUUUCACCUGAUGCAAGCCUUUUUGAUGCUGUGUAUUCAUUGAUCAAAAACAAAAUCCACAGAUUACCAGUUAUUGAUCCUGUGAGUGGAAAUGCACUUUAUAUACUUACCCAUAAAAGAAUACUCAAAUUUCUCCAGCUUUUUGUGUCAGAAAUGCCAAAGCCUGCCUUCAUGAAGAAAAAUCUGGAUGAACUUGGAAUAGGAACUUACCAUAAUAUUGCCUUUAUACAUCCAGACACUCCUAUCAUUAAAGCCUUGAAUAUAUUUGUAGAUAGAAGGAUAUCAGCACUACCUGUUGUGGAUGAGUCAGGAAAAGUUGUAGAUAUUUAUUCCAAAUUUGAUGUUAUAAAUCUUGCUGCUGAAAAAACUUAUAAUAACUUAGAUAUCACAGUGACACAAGCUCUCCAACAUCGCUCUCAGUAUUUUGAAGGUGUUGUGAAAUGUAAUAAGCUGGAAACGCUGGAGACAAUUGUGGAUCGGAUAGUUAAAGCUGAGGUUCAUCGGUUGGUGGUUGUGAAUGAAACUGAUACUAUUGUUGGUAUCAUCUCCCUCUCUGACAUCCUCCAAGCAUUAGUGCUUACACCAACAGGCGCCCGGCAAAAGGAGAGUGGAACUGAAUGACUGCUUUGAACAGAACCACCGUGGAAAGAAGAAUUCGAAUAAAGUGGCUGGGUCAUCAUUGCCUCAAGAACAUUGAUGGCAGUAGAGAAGAGUCAAGUGAUGAUGAGAAUGUGUGUGUAUUAGGCUAAGUGAUGGAUAGUCUAUUAUUUUCCAGUGACUGUCGCAAAACAAGCAGCAUGACAAAAAGCUUCUGUAUUUAAUGCAGGCUUGCAUUUCAACAUGUUUGCCAAAAGAUUUCACCUGAUAUCCAUCUCAAAUGCACUGGAAAAGAAUAGCAUUUAAUGUUAUGUUUUAAUCUGAUGCAAGUCAUUGGUCAGCAACAGAUCUCCGACAUAAGGCAAGUGUAUGGCAUAUUCAUAUCAGAGUGCCUUAUGUCAAAAAGCCAACAAUAUGUCAUCACUGUUGCCCAUCAUAGUAAAAGAACGUGCUCUGUGAAACAAGACACUGUAUUGAAAAUUCAAAUUGCUAAGCCUAAAACCAAAUCAAUUUCAAUUAUCAUUAGAUUUGUUCUAAAAGCUGUAAUUUAAAUAUCAGUAGAUUACUUUAAACUUUAAUUACAACUGUGUGUUUCUAAAUGUUACAUUCUGAACAGAGACGGUAAACAAAACUGAUUAAAAGCAGCUUUAUUUAUUUUUAUUUCUGCAAUUUUUACACAUCUUUGGUGGAUAGUUAAACUUCACCAUAUUCAUUAAUAAAGCAUUGAUUCAUAUGUAAGAAGCAAAUCUCUCAUUACUGAAACAGGUGAUAGAAGCCAUCUUUACAGAUGCAUUACACAAAAGAUUGAGAAAUUUUUUAUUAGCUGUAUUGCUACCCAACAUGUUUUGUUUUUCCACAAAAGAGAAAUCUUAUAGUUGUAUUCUAAAUGAAUAAAGUAUGUUUAAAUUGCCAGAAGGUAAGAAUAUAGUGCUAGAAAUCUAUCUUAUCUACUAAAACUCUUCUUUACUGUAAACUUUAACUGGGCAAAAUGGUGCAUCAUAGGAGAACAAUUUUUGAAACAAGGUACCUCAAAUGGUCUAAUUUACAGAAAGUGUCCGUAAUCUGGGAUCCAUGAUUCCUGACGGAAUGAGAUUAGGGAAAGUUGUGCUUUCUUCAGCUCUGGUCAUAAGAUGCUCAUUUUGAACAGUUAUUUGAAAUCAAUGAAAAAUUCCCAGCUACUUUAAUAUUCCGGGUGUUUAAAAAAUAUAGACAAUUUGAAGUCCAAAAAACAUGGAAGCACAAAUUCACUGCAGGGUGAGUUUAUAUUUUUUUAAAAAUUAUCAGUACGGAAUUUUUCUAAAAUAUUGAAUGAGGGAAAUUUUACAUUGCUUAACAGCACAUUGUUAACAACUUCUUGAAAGGCAGGCAAAUUUCAGACAGAGUUAAAGCUUGCUUAAUUUUGUUGAACCAGAUGCUCAGCUUUUAGAUUAAAACUAUACAGACUAAAAAUGUGCACUGAUGGAAGAAAACAAUCUGGAAAAAAACACCUAUCUGCUCUGUUUGACCAUGCUUUAAAUAAAAGCAGAAUUCAAAUUGAGGUGUUCAGAUGUACACAAUUUGCUGGUGAGAACAUUUUAUUUCACAAUGUAAUCUUUUUCAUAGGAUAAUUCUUCAAGCUCAUUUGCACUUGCCCAACUCCAACAUUCCUUUCUCAGGGUAUAAUGACCUGAAGCGAACACAACAUUCAACUUGUCAACUAGUUUCUGCUCCUUUUCUCAUGACACCAAUCAUUUGCCAUUGCUUUUUUCUCCAGCAAGCACUGCUUUCUUGGUCAUUCACUAGUAACUCAGCAAAUAUGUACAUAACUUUUUUUCCCCUACUGUUAACUACUUUUGCCAUUUUCAUACCCAUUCUAGGCAUAUGUUCAAUGCAGAUCUCUUUAAUGACCAGUGCUGUGACCUAGAGGUGGAGCUUUCGCCUCACAGUCAGGAGGCUGUGAGUUUGAUCCUAGGUAGAGGCUGAUAUUUGGAACAGACUCUCCUGCUUGAGCAAGGGGUUGGACUAGAAGACCUCCAAGGUCCCUUCCAACUCUGUUAUUCUAUUCUAAUGUCUCCCUUAAAAAAAACAGUACCAUGCUAUUGGUACAAUGCCUGAAAUUUUUUAAGCUGAUAUCUUUCAAAUUUAUCUUCUAUUAUAUGGCUGCAUUCUUUCAAGCAUUACAUAAACAAUAUGGCAAGUGCUAAAAAUCUAAUGUUCUACAUUAUGCUGCAGUAUUUCUCAACCUUGAUAAUUUUCAUAUGUGCGGACUUCAGUUCCCAGAGUUCUUCGGGAGGCUGGCAAGGGAAUUUUAGUAGUUGUAAUCCACAUGAAGUCCACCAAGAUUGAGAAAUUUGUACAAUUAAGCAGAAACUAAUCCCAGCAACAUAUUCAAACAUGAUUGUGUUUUCAGCACAUGAAUGAUUCAUUGAAUGAAGAUUGAAAAUAUGUUUUUUACCAACAAGAGCCUACAUUUUUACUCUCCCUGGCGUGUACACUCAAGAUACAAUGUACACCCGCGUUCAGGAAGAAAGGUAAAACUGCCAUUAUCAAAAGAAACAUGAGGAAGCAGGGUUGGUUAUGAAGGGGUUGCAACUGAAUUAAACUUCCUGGUUUGCUAAAUCUGUCUGCCAGCUGCGUUCUGGCUAUUUUGCAUCCCACCUGCUCCAGCUUCAGCUGCUAACUGCACAUGUGGGUGUUUUUUUUUUUUAUAAAUAAAAUGAUGGAACUGAGCCGAGUAUGCAACUUGCUGAGCAGAAAAACCUGAUGCGAUGGCUGCUGAGGGAAGAAAACCAGCUGCGUCCUACAUGCAGACCCCUGCAAGUCUGGAUCAAGGGGAAUCCCCUCUCCAUCCUCAGCAUCUUGAGACCUGGAGACCACAAUUCCAUAAUUCUCCACGCUGGGCUGCACGUGGAACCGCCGCUAGAUGGCGAUAGAGCAGUUUGGAAACCAACCUCUGGCUCUGGCCAAGACAAAAAUAUGCGCAAACACGUGGAGGAAGAAAAUAGA